CACACACACUUAGCUUAGCAUACUACCAUAUUAGCAUACACAUCAAGCAGCGCAUUAGAAUGUUCACAUACAAGUCAUAAACGCUCAUGCUACACUUAAUAAGCUAGUUAUUAACACACAAACCCUGCUCAGGAAUAUUAGCGUAGCAGCUACAGCGUAAACCACACAAAGUGUACGUGAAUAUUAGCAUGUGCACCAUACAGACACCUGCAGCUUUUUAAUCACCAUCAGCUUUAAAAUCAAACGCUCAAUUUUUUAAUAAAAAAAAUCAAUUUCAUAACUAAUAAUCCGGGAUCUAAAAUAAUUUUGCAUUAAAUCGAAUAGGCGUCUACUGGAGUUCUUCAGCAGCUCAUAGAAUAGCGUAUCAUCUAGCAUGAGGUGAAGAGAUCGUAACGUGUAUCUGAUGUAGACGACUACAUAAAACUGUCAGGUUGGGACUUUAUCCUGUUCAUCGCUCAAACUCACACACACACACACACACACACACACACACACACACACACACACACACACACACACACACAGAAUCACCUGAAGUAACACGUGUCCCUGUUCUACUAGUAAAUCAUUAGAGCAGACAGAACUGAAGCUUAUUACUGAUUUAAGAGGCACACUUCAUUCUCUGUAAAAGACAAGACCAGACAAAUCACACACACACACACACACACACACACACACACACACACACACACACACACACACACACACAAAUACACACACUUGCCUACAGCCAAAAUGACACAAUAUUUAUCUUCUCAGUAAAACCACAGACAUUUCAUCAGAAAUAAAGGAGAAAGUGCUGCUGCUCUCCUCCCUGCAGUGGUCUCUGAGAUAAAUCGCUGGGAUUAGUCACUGGGAUUUGUUACUGGGAUUAGGCGCUAGGAUUAGCCGCUGGGUUUAGCCAGCUGGGAUUAGUUGUUGGGAUUAUUUGCUGGGAUUAGCUGCUGGGAUUAGCCACUGGGAUUUGGCGCUGGGAUUAGCCGCUGGGAUUAAUAAUUUGACACGGAAUAGUCACCAGGAAUAAACAUUGGGAUUAAUCACUGGGAUUAAACAAGCUCAUACUGACACAAGCUCUACUGUAUAUGAACACUUCAUUGUUCGUUCUAUUAUAAAAAAAAAAAAAAAACUUCUUUAAACAAUCUGCAUUUAUACUUUCAAGUUUCACCGUAUUUUUAAACAUUCUAUAUUUACAUGGUUUUCACCCCUGAAAGCCACACCCCAUUUUCCAUAAAAGGCACAUAUCAGCAGUGGGCAAGCUACCUUACACUGUGGAGCUAGUAGCUAAAUGAGCUAAGGAAGUUCGUCACAGUCCCUAACGAGCGACAAGCAGUUUAAUGGUUUAGCACUAAAGACGAAUCCGUGGUUCCAUCAGUACACCGGACUGAUCUGAGCUAACAGCAUCCCAGCUAAUUUGACUUAAGAUAUGCUAGCUAUUUAGCAUGCUUAGACAGUUAGCAACUCUAAAAUAUUUCAGUUGUUUUAAACAUCUGGAUGAUCCUAGCUUUUAAUGACUAGAGUUCAAAAUAUGGACUUGCUGCUACACCUGCGCUAAUAAGUGAAAGUCAACAAGGGUGUGUUUGUUAAUAAACACUCCAUGAAGCUGCAGUCAUAAAACGUCAAGCUAAAGGUGUGUCUGAGGAGCUGGCUGACAUCAUCAGGCACAAGUCUUUAAAUGCAAAUCUCUAUCUCUAUGCAAAUUGUGAGUCUUAUAAUUGUCAUGAUCAGGUGUAAAUGCUAGCAUGGCAAGUCACUUUCAACUCCUCGGAUUAAAUCAGACCAAACUACACAAGAUUAGGCACAUGCUAAUAGAAAAUGCUGAAUUGGCUGUGCGUUCAGAUCAUGUUAAGUCCACAAUUCACCAUCUACAGAGCAGAUGUGAGCUGGAGCAGAAGCUGCAUCUGCGACUUGAGCAGUUGAUAGCGGAGCUGAAACAGAGGAAGAUAAACCUGCACCAAGCCAACACCCUGCUGGAGGAACAGUUACAUGCAUCUACACAGGAAGUACACACCAUGCAGGACGAGCAGGAGAGGGAGUUGUUUGUGCAGCAGCAGCAGGCAGGAGUACGGGAGGAUGGCAGAGGAAUGGAGCUCUGUCGUUUCGGCCCAGCACACGGUGACCUCGGCGCAGCUGCACUCACUAAUCGAGCCCCAGGCUUCAGACCUACAGCGAACGUCAGGCCCAGGAGAGUCACGCCCAGUCCAAACGGAGACCAACCUCCACAGGUGAGUCGUGGAGAUGAGGCUUUGCGAGAGGCAAGGGCGGAGCUCACGGAAGUCCGAAAGCAGUGGCACGGUUUACAGGUGGAGGUCGAGUCUCUACAUGCCAUGGAACGCAGUCUGCAGAGCUCUCUGAAACACACAAAGCAUCAGUACACGCUUCAGCUGCAAGAUCUGUCAUGCUCUGUGUCCGAGCUGGAGGCCGAGCUGGACGGUGUGCGUGAAGGUCUCGCUGCUCAGAAACAACACCACAACCAACUGCUCAACACCAAGAUGAGGCUGGAGAGAGAGAUCGCCACCUACAGGAGACUGCUGGAGCACGAGGAGGGCAGGUUUUUGUGUGUGGACGGUCAGCCGUGGAAACUGAAGCCCUGGAAACCGAAGCCCUGUAAACCUUCGAGUCAGCAGAAUGGAGUGUGUAAUGGCAUUGACAAUGAAAGCGAAAUCACUGAGAAGCCAACCAAUCAGGGUCCAGCUUUCCACCAGCAGGGCAGCCUUGUCAUCUUCACAGAGCCCAUAGCGAGCAGAGAUGGGGAAAUUAGCAUGGUGAAGACUCAGGAAAUUGUGGAGGGGAACGUACUGAGAGAGAGUGCAGAGGGACACGGAAGAGUCGAAACAGAGAAGAUUGAUAAGUUGAUUAAACAGUGGGAGGGAUCGUUUUUCCAAGGAAAUCCAAAGCUGAGGAAAAAAUCAGUGUCUCUGCGCUUCGACCUGCACAUGGCCAUGACUGAUGAAGGCUGUGCUCAGAGCAAAAAGGACAGUUUACCAGACGUGGAGGUUCGGCUGGUGAUGAAACGAUCCCGCAGCAUCCCCACCAUAACGCAGUGACCUUGUUUGUAAAGCCAGCAGGGGCAAAACUUGCAGCAUGGCACUGGCACGUGAAAAUGUUUUAUAUUUUUUUUGGAGAACAUUACACAUUUGACUUACAUGUAAUAAUAUCGUUUGUGUUUUUUUUUGUGGCUAGUGAGGGGUAGGGGGCCAAAACUUUUAUUAUUACUGCUUGCAGCCAUGUAAUGAUUAAGCGUUUCCUGGAUCUGGACAUGACAACACUGCUGUGUUUACAUCUGAGACCUUUAGCAACCUGGCAAACUAGCAUCAUGUAUUAGCAAGGAGCUAAUUAGAAUCCCAAAUUCUAGUGGAAGUUUCUAGAAACAGAUUGUUACAAUAAACACUGACACCCAGACGCCUGAGUAGAAGACAACAGUCGAUUAGCUAAGAAUUCCCUUGAUUAGCAUUAAGCUUAGCCAAUAUUUGUAAUCUUAAAAAACAAAUCCAACACUUUGUUUGCCAUGUGGCCAUGAUGUUAAGACCUAAUCGUUAAUACAUUAAGUUUAGUUUGCGCUACAUUAACACCAUCAGCUACCAAAGCAUUAACCAAGACGCUAGAUGUUUUGAGGUGAAAAGAAAAACAGAAUGAUUCCUUUCUUCUUUCUAGUAAAAGAAUAUUGUGAGAGUAUUAUGUGAGAGAAUUAUGAGAUUUUAUUUGCUGUGGAGAACAAACAGUUUAAGUGUGUUAAAAUGCUAGCGAAGCAAAAAAUUGCAGCAGUUACGAGAAGAUUUAGUGACAAAAUUAUCAUUAGUCUGUCAGUUCCAGUGCUGUUUUAAAACAUACCCUCAUUCAUUACCCCAUUAUUAUUCUGUAUUUAAUAUUUACAAGUAAAAAAAUAGCUUUGUGUGAGAAUAUACAUCGGUUUCUGACAGCUGAGGGAACUAAUUGGCAAAGUAGCGCAUAUUAGCAAGCAACUUUUGCCACAUCGAUCGCUAGCAGAUUUAUCGCUAAUUUGGAAUUGUGUACAUUUCCAUAGCACAUUCAAGCUACAAUAUGACAAAAAACAAAACAAACCAUGGAUCUCUCCAGGAAAUCUCAUGAAUUAGCAUCCAGCUAACAUUAGUGACAGGAAUAGAUUAUAAAUUAAAUGAUGUAUUUAUUUUCUCAAAACCUUUUAAAGAUUUUCGCCCGGUGUUUUAUAGUAAUUCAUAUAAUGACUAAAAUCUCAUCUCAUUUAAAAGUUGAUUAAUGGAACUUUAAGUGUUCUUGACAGUUUGAGAGACAUUUUGUUACAUCAUACUAAACAUUAUGCUAGCUAUUUACCUAAUUUGCCAGUUGGCUUGUUAGCAAGACAGCAUUUGAGUAGUCAUAACUCAGAAUGUCUAAGAAUUUAAAAAAAAUAAAAUAAAUAAUAAUAAUAAUAAUAAUUCAGGGCUGUGCUUUGGUAACAAUUAGCAGGCUAGCUAGCUAAGAAUCCAGCUAGUCAACACACUUAAAUCGUGUGUUAAAAGCAGUGUUAAUAACACAAAAUGGAUUCUCCGUGACCUGUUGAUUUUCAUUUUGAUUGUUUUUUUUCCCUCUCGCCUGUAUUAACAAUUUUGGUGUUUAUCUUUCUAAACAAAGGCUGUGAUUUAUGCAACAUGCCAACGUGCUUUAUAUGAAGUCCAUGCACAAAUAUGGAGUGCCAUUGGGGUAAAAACUCCGACCACAUCUGCACUGUUGACAUCUUGCACUGUAACGCGCAGCAUAAACCAGUUCCCUCGAUAUCACUGUGCUACAUCACACUCGAUUCAUCCUUUACAACAAACAUUACUGUUUGAACAAAAGAAAUUGCGAACAUUUACGCUGAUUAACAUUAAACUACACGAAUCAUAAGGUACAAUCCAGAUCCUAAAGGCACUUUAAAACACUUUAUACAUUUAAUUUACCUUUGGGUUUUUUUUUUGCUAAAAUUUUUUUUUGUUCUCAAUUUAAUGUAUAUUAUUCUUAUUAUAUUAAAUAUAUUAUGCAUCACAAACCUUUGCUGUAUGAGAGGUAUUGGAAUAAAGCUAGCAUUUAAUAAAGCUCUGAUACUAAAACA